CAGACAAUUAUGUGUAUUCAUUGGAAACUAUCUAAAUGCGUUUAAUAUCAAUCUUUUUUUGCUAAUUUGAAGUGUUUCGAUUAUUGGAUAAAUUCUAAUUGAAGAUGUCCUCAAUGGAUGUAUCCUUGAUUAUUCUGUGUCUUGUGUUGUUUAGAUUUAGUAACGUGUGUGGCUACGACUACUGCAGUAUUGAAAAGAAAGUUUGUAAGAAUCAACAGCAUAUUGCCUGCCACCCGCAACAAAUGUUGAAAAAGGGAAAAGAAACUAGUGAAGAACUGAAGAGCAAGUUUUGGAUUCUGCCAAUGACUACGGCAAUUCAAAACGUAAUAUUAAACAUGCAUAAUGCGGCCCGAAACGAUAUGGCUUGCGGAACAGCGUCCGAUAGGGAUGGGCUUAGGUUCCCAGCAGCAGCUUAUAUGAGAGAGUUGAAGUGGGAUCGGGAACUUGAAUUUACAGCCACGAAAAUGGUCCAAUCUUGUAUUGUUGAACAUGAUGAAUGCCGGGCUACAUCGAAGUUUGAUAAUGUCGGCCAAAAUAUUGCAGUACAUUAUGCUUUUCUUGGGGAAAACUUCACGAGUUUGGUCCAGGCCUUAGUACGUGAGUGGUAUGACGAGUACCAAGAUGCUAGCGUUGAAGAUGUGGAAAUUGUGAAAGGCACACCUGGAAUAAGCCACUUUCUCCAGGUAGUCGCUGAUCGUGUCACCCAUGUAGGAUGUGCGUUCGCACGCUGUGAGCAAAAGAAGAUGCAACAGGCAAAAUAUAUCUAUGCGUGCAACUAUUCCUUUUCAAAGGUUUUUGGCCACAAAGUUUAUACGAACAGCUCCAAUCCGGCCCAGAAGUGUGAUUUCGUUAAAUCAAAGAAAAGCUCACGUUAUAAUUGCUUAUGCGCGCCUUCUGAUUUUUCUUGGUCAUCAUAGUGGGAUCAAUUUUACUAUACCAGCAAUAUUCUUGCCAAAAAUAAACUCUAAAUUAAGUACAGUAAUAUACUAUUUUUUACGUAAGAGUAAUAAAUGAUCGUUCAUAAG